GAGAGGGAGAGAGAGAGGGAGGGUGAAAGGGCAGACUGUAGUUUCUUCCUCUGAUCCUGGCCGAGCGGAGAGUGGAAGUGAGCAGCAGUGGGAGUAGUCGGGUUGCAGCGCAAGACCGCUCCGCGUCGGAAUUUUUUUUCGAGAAAAAAAAAAGGAUUGCAACCAAAAAAACACACAGCCACGCGCUAAAAGGCGAGGGAGAGAAGCAGAGAGGAAGAAGAGGAGAGCGAUGGACGAGCAGCCGCGGUUGAUGCAUUCCCACGCCGGGAUAGGGAUGGCAGGGCACCCCGGCCUGCCGCAGCAUUUGCAGGAGGGAAACGGAGGAGCGGACGGCGACGGGAGGAAACAAGACAUUGGGGACAUUUUACAGCAAAUCAUGACCAUCACAGACCAGAGUCUGGACGAGGCGCAAGCCAGGAAACACGCUCUGAAUUGUCACAGAAUGAAGCCAGCACUUUUCAAUGUCUUGUGUGAAAUCAAAGAAAAGACAGUGCUGAGUAUCCGUGGAGCGCAGGAGGAGGAGCCUCCAGAUGCCCAGCUCAUGCGAUUGGACAACAUGCUGCUGGCGGAGGGCGUGUCCGGGCCGGAGAAAGGGGGCGGGUCUGCUGCGGCGGCGGCAGCGGCGGCGGCGGCAGGGGGGGGCGGGGCCGGAGCGGACAACUCUGCAGAACACUCAGACUACCGCGCCAAGCUGUCCCAGAUCAGACAGAUCUACCACACGGAGCUGGAGAAAUACGAGCAGGCGUGCAACGAGUUCACGACGCACGUGAUGAACCUGCUGCGGGAGCAGUCGCGCACGCGGCCCAUCUCGCCCAAGGAGAUCGAGCGCAUGGUGGGCAUCAUCCACCGCAAGUUCAGCUCCAUCCAGAUGCAGCUCAAACAGAGCACGUGCGAAGCUGUCAUGAUCCUGCGCUCGCGCUUCCUGGACGCCAGGCGGAAAAGAAGAAACUUCAACAAGCAGGCGACGGAGAUCUUGAACGAGUACUUCUACUCACAUCUGAGCAACCCCUACCCUAGUGAGGAGGCCAAGGAGGAGCUAGCCAAGAAGUGCUCCAUCACCGUCUCCCAGGUGUCCAACUGGUUCGGAAAUAAAAGAAUCCGAUACAAGAAAAACAUUGGGAAGUUCCAGGAAGAGGCUAACAUGUAUGCAGCGAGGACUGCAGUGAACGCAGCCAACGUUUCUUCGCAUGGGAGCCAAGCGAACUCCCCCGCUACUCCAAACUCUGCAGGUAAGACCGAGGACCUUUUACACUUAGAAACACCCGGAAGUCUACCUGAAGCACUGUAUCAUUGUUCUGCCGGCUCUUUUAACAUGUCAAACUCCGGGGACUUGUUCAUGAGUGUGCAGUCCCUCAAUGGGGACUCUGGGUACCAGGGAGCUCAGGUGGGAGCCAACGUUCAGUCACAGGUGGAUACUCUUCGCCAUGUUAUCAACCAGACAGGCGGAUACAGUGAGGGGCUGGCGGGAACCCAGAUGUACAGUCCGCAGGGCAUCAACGCGAAUGGCGGAUGGCAGGACGCGGCCACGCCCUCCUCUGUGACAUCACCGACGGAAGGACCCGGAAGCGUUCACUCAGACACCUCCAACUGAUCCCACCCCUCCUCAUCCUCAUCUUCUUGUCCUCACCCUCUCCCCUCUCCCCCCUCCCCCGAGUCCGGACUGAUGAAGGUGGCGUAUGUGAAUUCACAGCAGCAAACCUCUGGGGGCUUGGAAUCUUCUAGAACAAUGUGGUCAUGCCAUUACAAACUAAAUAUUUUUUUCUCGGCCGUCUCCUCCACGUUAAGGGUUUUGUACAGUUUCCUCAUCGCCACGACGACCCCUCGGACAUCGCCAUCUUUUUAUUGGUCCAAUCGCGUUCCGUCUCGCCCUCUGAGAACCUAUAGCAGUACACCGGCCCCAAACCCACCCUGGAUCUCACACUACCUCGAUUGGAGAAAAGCAGAACCAACACGCUUGAUCAUUUAAAAUACUUCAAAAUCAACUUUUCUUUUUUUAUUUAAUAUAUUGUAAUCAGUAAUGCCUACUCAUAAGUUUAAGGGUGUAUCUACCAUUUUUCAUUUCCUUUUUACACCACCAUUUGUCCGUCAUGCCAAAGUUGACCUGGAGGUGUUUUUUGAUAAAGUAUGUUGUGUACUCUGGUUACUUGUACUUAUUUAAGGUAACAUUUUGUUUUAGCUGUGAAAACAGUAAUAUCUUUAUAUCCAAACUUCUGCAUUUAUUUGAUAUAUUUCUAUUCCAAAAGAUGUACAAUGAGUGGUGGCAUAAAUCAUUUAAUAUUUUAUUUCUAGCGUACUUUAUUAUCUGCUUUAUUAUCCCAGUAAAUAUACAACUUUUUCUUUCGGUUCUGUAAUUGUAUUUUUUGCAUUGCAAGCAUAACAACUUUAGCGAGUUUAGAAAAAGGAUUGACUCGAUACACUCAACAAAUGACCAAAUUUGAACCCAUCCUAAAGCACAAUAAAGUGUGUAUUGUUUCAACGUAACUGUGUUUGCUGAAAGGGAACAACUGAGUGGAAUACUAUCAUCAAGAAUAUACAUAAUAGUACUCAUAUACGGAGCAAUAAUGUACAUAUACUACAGUACCAACUCUUUGUCCGUGUGCAUUACUGCGAUCAAUACUUUAGCCAAAUACUGCUGGUAACCAAAUCCAUAUGUGGGCAAAAUACUAGGUUGGGUUUUUCAUUUAGUUUUUCUUGACCCAUGUCAGGUUUUGGGAAACAGCGUCAUAGGAGUCUAGCUCAUAGCAUGUCUUCGAAGAAAUGUUUAAUUUUGGUAUUCUUUUGGUGCUGAAAUUCAAAUGGGGUUGUCCUUUUUUUUUUUUUAUAAUAAGACAUUCAUGUAAAAACCUGUCAAAAUGUAAAUUUGAGAUGUGUGAGCUUGGGCUGUGUGUACAGUAUAGUAUUCGGUAUGACACGUAUACAUCAUCACAACUAUGUGUCCUACAGAUAGCCAACACAUACCAUACUUUGAUACCAAAAAAAAAAAAAGACUUGGAUUUGUACAACCUACACGUUGUCACGUCAGCUCACCAGACCUGCGGAUUUGUGAAGGAUUUAAGCGUUUAUAAAGUACUAGAGAGUAUCCACAGAAAUUCUCUGUUUCCCUGCACUGAAGGCCAACAAGAAGUAGCAGGUCUGACAGGAAGUAGAGAGAGAGACUCUGAUCGCACACAGACUCAGAGGCUGUUUGGAUAUAUUUUUAUGCCUCUGAGUUGUAAAUGACUUGUCAUCUCUUUUUCUUCAUUUCGCUCUUCUGUCGCUUGGUGACGGGACCGGGUUUUAUUUUGUAUGCCAACAUAUGUCGACUAGCCCUGGGAAUGCGCUAUAUAUAUUUGUAGAUAUGCACCUUUACUCUUGAUUUACAUGACAUUUUCAAUUUGGACCGUAUUCAGUUUUUUUUAACUAUAUAGCAGCCAAAUGUUUUACCGACAAAUAAACAGUAGUCCCUGUCUCUUGAUCCUGUUUUUAACACACACAGACACACACACACACACACACACACACACACACACACACACACACACACACACACACACACACACACACACACACACACACACACACACACACACACACACAGUUUUAAUUGUUACUGCCCUAAUAGUUACUGGUAUGCUCAAAAGGUUUAACAUUGCCCUGUGAAAUGUUUUGGUAUGUUUCAUUUUAAUUGAAACCCCUUCAAAAUAAUUACGAGAACACCCAGAAACUAUUCAAAACUGAUACAAUCCAGAGGUCAGAAUGUCAAACUAGCCUUACUAUUUAUAAUCAUGUGUGAAAACGAUUGUGUUUUUCUCAUGGACGCUGUUUGGCGAUGAGGUGGGGAUUAUUGAUUCUAAAUCGACUGUAUUCAUUCUGAUUAUUCAGAAUUCAAUUAUUGGUUUACCUACCUAUUGAUUAGUUCAUGCACUAUAGUAAUGAUUUGAAAUCAUCUGUCACAUGAUGAAAUAAUGAGACCUUUCCAAAAUAGCUGACCUUUCACAUCGCCUGUCAAAUCAAAUAUGGAAGCUUCAUGUAAUGUCGCUUUUAGUUUUUCUAAAUAAAAGUAAAAAAGGACCUUAAAAAAGGAGGAAGUACAAUUUGUAAAACAUUAAAUGUUUUAUUUGUUGCAUGUCUUUUGUUCUUCAAUAAAAUAACGUACUACGGUGUAUUGAAUGUUACUUACGUUUUUUAAUAAGGAAAAUAGUGGAUUUUUUGGACCCUUUUUUUUUCUUGGCGAUUUGAUCUUUUAUCUCUACAUCUGUACAUAGGUAUCACAUACAGUUCUUGUCUUUUUGAUUCCAACUUGUUUUUUCCUGUGGAGGAGAAUUAGUUGAAAAGGUGUUUGAAGGUUAAAAGGUGUCUUCAUUUCUACUGGCGAUGAAUAUUCCAAAUAAACUGUUUCUUUUGUUGCAUAAGUUGCCGUUUUUGUCAUUUCUUUAUGAGCUCUAGCUCAUAUUUGACCUUUAACUCAUUUGUAUAGUACAUUUUACCUUCAACUGUUAAGAAACUACUUCUAAAAUAACUUUUGAACA